CGCCAUCCUUCUUAUUACACAAAUCUCAUCCGUCUCCCCACAAAAAAAACCCUCACACAAGCAAAAUCAACCACAAACCAUGACCCCCACCGCUGCCGCCGCCUCCCUCCUCCUCCUCGCCCUCCUCCUCACCGCCUCCACCUCCGCCUCCCGCAACCCCGAUCCCGCCGCCGGCGGCUUCUUCGGCCCUGGUAGUCAGUUCAACAUCCCAGGCUUCGGUGGAAGCGGAACCAACAACGGCUGGGGAAACGUCGGCGGCGGAUAUGGCGGUGGCUACGGCGGCCCCUCCGGCGGUCACUCUCGCGACGGCGUUGUUCAGCCCAGCGUUGUCUGCUCGGAAAAGGGACCCUGUCUUAACAAACGGCUGAUCUGUCCGGCUAAGUGCUUCACCUCGUAUAGCAGCUCCGGCAAGGGGUACGGCGGAGGCGGCGGCGGUGGUGGAUGCACUGUUGACUGUAAGAAGAAGUGCGUCGCAUACUGUUGAUGAGCUUCUUCUCUGCUUCUAUGAGGUCGAUCUGGUUUAGCUUUUGAGUAGUGAUGAUGAUGAGUGAUGAGUGGUGGUGAUCUCCUGCUUAUGUAGCUGCGGGUUAUGUAUCAUAUCGUAUAGCUAAUAAAUAAAAUUAUUAUAUGUUCUGCGUGUGAGA